AUGGGCAUAAUGGAUGUACUCAGCAAAUCCCUACUUCCAUUGGGGGUGGCGAAAUCCGUGCUAUGUAUGGAUGAGAGCAUGACCGGCGGCAUUUCUAUCAUCAAUAAUUUAGAUGUGGAUCUGUAUGUCUGGUCCGUGCAAAAAAACGACGGGCCACAGCAUAUUCUCGGCUCCCAUUCCGGACGCUAUCACGAAUUAUGGAAGCCAACUAUUGACGAUACCGGUGUUUCGCUAAAGAUCGCUACCAACAAUGACAAGAGCAAUGUUCUCCAGUUUGAAUACAGCAUCCUACACUCUACACUGUACUGGGACCUAUCGUGCAUCGAUCUAAAGAAAGAUUCGGAGAUCAUACUCCAAGGAUUCUCGGCAAUCCCGAAUCACCAGGAUUGUUCGCCCGUUAUCUGCACGCCCGGAGACGAGAAAUGUCCCAACGUCUAUCAUGAACCCAAUGACAACCAUGCGAUUCGCGGGUGCGCGGCCAGCACUGAUAUUGUACUGGAAAUCGGCCAGUAG